AUGUGCACGUGGGUGGGAGCACAUGGUGCUGUCCACAAAAGCGGGGAGCUGUCCUCUAUCUCCCAUGUUGCCGCCGUCUGUCCUCCCCUACCCUGUUGUCAUCCACCUACCCUACCAAUUUCCCUUAAACUUCAAGUGGUCCCGUUAAGCCUGCAUCUUCGUCGCCUUCCCUCCCCUUCUUUUCCUUCCCUUUCCUACUUUCCCUUCCCUACCUUCCUUUCCCUGCCUUCUCUUCCCUCCCUUCCCUUCCCUACCUUCCCGUUCCUACUUUCCCUUCCCUACCUUCCCGUCCCUCCUUCCCUUCCCUGUCUUCCCUACCUUCCCUGCCGUGCCUGCUCUCCCUCUUUGCAGGGCCUAUUCAGCACGCGCAAGGCAAAGAUGUCCACUCUUAUCACGUCUCCCUCUGGGCCGUUGGUUGUUUCUCUGGCAGGCAGUGUGCUCUGCCUUCUCUGGGCCUUCAUCAUCCUCGCCCUCCGCAACAACGAGCAGCCCCUUCGAGUGACGAUGGCGAUUUGUGAUCGUGUGGAUGCUGUUGAAAGGAAGUCUGCUGCUGCUGCUCCUCAAGAGUGA